AGAGAGAGGGAGAGAGAGAGAGAGGCUGCGCCGUACGGGUGAGCGCGGGAUCCGUUAGCAGGGCUUUUCUUUGCGUUCGGGGAUCUUGGCUCGCAGCCCAGCUGGCGUUUUUGUAAUCAAGGCAUGAUCCGGGACUCCAUGUGCUUCUUCCCCGAGCCGCGUCGGCUGCCUGCCGUUUGGAAGGAUCCCAGAUUUCCCUGCUGACAUGAACAGAGCUAGUCCCACAGAAAUGAUGAUGAUGAAGAAGGAACACAAGGACGCAGAGCUGGAUAAAAAGAUCAAGGCCUUACGGAAGAAAAAUGAAGCACUUAUGAAACGCUACCAGGAAGUGGAGGAGGAUAAAAAGCGGGCGGAACAGGAAGGGAUGUCACUCCACAGCAGGAAGGGAAAGCCUGAUGAUCUGACCGUCACCAUCAACAAAUCCUCCAACGAUCAGCGUGUGGUGACCAAGCGUUCGGGCCCCGGAGAACUGAGGGACGGAGAGCAGGAGAAGGAUCCGGGAUCGAGCGUCUUCAGCAUCGGGAGAGGAAAGAGACGGCAGCUGCUCGUCACAACAUCAGGAAACGUCAAGGGGAAGAGGGUUUUCGGCGAACGAAAGGACAGAAACCGGCCCGUGAGUCCAGCGAGGUUGAAGUCUUGCGUUGAGGAAGAGCUGGAGUCCAACAGCACUCAAGGAAAACAGCGACCUCAGUCAACAAAGAGAGACAUGGAGGACGACGCAGGAAAACCGGAUCAAUGGAGUCGAUGUGAGGACUCGUAUGUCGUCCCGGUCACAGAGGCCAUGGCUGACCUGAACCUCGUCUCAUCCCAAGAAGAGCAGCUGGAGUACCUGCGAUGGAAGAAGGAGCGCGAGGAGAUCGACCGCGAGCGCGUGGCCCGACACAAGAACGCCAAAGGCCAGUGGAGGAGAGCCUGGGACAUGGAGAAGAGCGAUCUGAUGUUCUCUGAAAAGGAACACGGAGGAACAUCAAACAGAGGAGGUCGAAACACCAGGAGAGGAAAUAUGAGAGCAGAAGAAUCCAGAGUUCGACAGCAAGCGUCAGACAGGAAGGGGAAGUGUGUUCCAGUGGAGGGCAGUAAAGCGAAGGGGAAAGACCGUCUGACGGGUCGAGCGAGGAGGUGGGAUGCUAAAGAGCAGGAGGAGCAUUUGCAGGUGUAUCCAGAGAGCAGUUUGCAGGAGUUUUUAGAGGAACUCGACGCACUUUGCGCUCCUGAGGUGGAGAGCGUCAAUCCAGAGACUGACAUUGAAAACACAAAGCCACGUGCAUCUGAAGACUCUGCCGGUGUCGCAGACCACAAUAGACGUGUUUCUACAGACGUGUCCGUUCUCAAGGCCACCGAGAAAAAGGUCCGCUUUUCUGAGAACAAUGAUACGAAUGGCACAGAAACACCUUCACAGGUCAAGAACGGCCCUGUGGAAGAAGACAGACAAACACUGGCGCGAGACGACAGCGAAUGUAUCCCGGAGGAGAUCAAAGAGCGGGAAAACCGUGUGCAGAGACUGACUCCGCUCACUGAAGCCAGCGAAGCGUCGUGUCCCAAACCCGGAGAUGUUCGUAUAUCAGCAGAACCGCACGAGAACCAACCUGUUGAACACACCAAAAGCUGCUCUAACAGAGGAAACGUUUUAGUUCUGGAUCCAGCGACACUGAAAAAGUGGCCAGCACCAAUGCACUCUUUUUAUAAACUGAAAUGAUUGUGAUGCUCAGCAGGUUUUUGGGGUUUGUGC